CGAGACCAUGUUGUGCGUGCGCACGGGGGGCGCGCCUCCGAAAAGGGUCGUUGGCGGCGCCGGCAGCAGCAGCGCCGGCCGGCCCAGUGAGCGGGGAUGGCGCGCGGGCGCCCGUGGGCGGGUGUACCAGAAGCUGCAAUGGCAACAUUUGGUCAACUGAAGCAAAGAUGGUACUUGUACACUGCCUCGCGACUUGCUUUGUGAGAGACUUCCUGUAGCCUUUGGAAGAACGCAUCAGGAGAGGACUGCUUGUCAUCAUGAAGUUGAAACAACGGGUGGUGCUUCUGGCAAUCCUCCUUGUCAUCUUUAUUUUUGCCAAGGUUUUCCUCAUAGACAACCUGGACACUUCAGCAGCUAACCGUGAGGACCAGCGUGCCUUUCACCGUAUGAUGGCGAGCCUACGGGUGGAGCUGGACCCACGACUUGACCACACUCUGCAGUCUCCCUGGGAGAUUGCCGCCCAGUGGGUGGUGCCACGGGAAGUCUACCCAGAGGAGACGCCAGAACUGGGGGCAGUGAUGCAUGCUAUGGCUACGAAAAAGAUCAUCAAAGCAGACGUGGGCUAUAAGGGAACCCAGCUGAAGGCUUUGCUCAUACUGGAAGGUGGGCAGAAAGUGGUCUUCAAACCCAAGAGAUAUGCCAGAGACUAUGUGGUAGAAGGAGAGCCGUAUGCUGGGUACGACAGACACAACGCAGAGGUGGCAGCCUUUCACCUGGACAGAAUCUUAGGUUUCCGACGAGCCCCUCUAGUGGUUGGUAGGUUUGUGAAUCUCCGCACAGAGAUCAAACCUGUUGCCACAGAACAACUGCUAAGUACGUUCUUGACAUUAGGAAAUAAUACUUGCUUCUAUGGAAAGUGCUACUAUUGCCGGGAAACAGAGCCAGCCUGUGCUGAAGGGGACACCAUGGAGGGGUCAGUCACGCUAUGGCUGCCAGACGUUUGGCCGCUUCAGAAGCAUCGACACCCAUGGGGCAGAACAUACAGGGAAGGCAAGCUGGCCAGGUGGGAAUAUGAUGAGAGCUACUGUGAUGCUGUAAAGAAGACCUCACCCUACGACUCAGGCCCACGGCUCCUUGAUAUCAUAGAUACAGCCAUCCUUCGAAUUAUUUUGAUUGGGAAUGCUGAUCGACACCAUUAUGAAAGCUUUCAGGAUGAUGAAGGGGCCAGUAUGCUAGUUCUACUUGAUAAUGCCAAAAGCUUUGGGAACCCUGUCUUGGAUGAGAGAAGCAUUUUAGCACCUCUUUAUCAAUGCUGCAUUAUUCGAGUCUCCACAUGGAACAGACUGAACUACCUGAAGAAUGGGGUGCUGAAGUCUGCCUUAAAAACUGCCAUGUCUCAUGAUCCUAUCUCACCAGUUCUGUCUUCCCCUCAUAUGGAUGCCCUGGACCAGCGACUCCUGAAUAUCUUGGCUACAGUAAAGCAAUGUACAGACCAGUUUGGACCAGACAUUGUACUGGUAGAAGAUAGGAUGACACUUUCCCAUUUGUAGCUUCAACGGGUGUUGGAGCAGAUUUUCUCUCCCUAUUUUUAAGAAAACAAUACGAAAACAGCACAAUUGGUUUUGUGUGGCUGUGGGCAGGAUGGGCUGGAACUGAAAUGCCAGACUUCCUGAACUGAAGGAGAAAGCAGCGGCAUGAUGGUUUUGCUGAAGACAAGGAACUUGCCUUCAGGUAGCCCCACAUCAUGUUUUGGAUGUCCAUUGCUGGCAGUGGAUGUUACACUGAGAGCACUCCUAGAUUUCUUAAAUAAGAAAUUGGAAGUAGGCAUUAAGACAGACUGAUUCCAGAGAAGAGCCACAGUCCCCUCACCUAAUCCAAAUAUGGUUUCAAGAUUAUAGCCCAUUUCAUAGUUGUAAAGAAUGGGCGGCCUGUGCUUCCUUGCUGGCUACCUAAAAAGAGAGCAUGAAGACAAGAUCAGUUGUUGAAGGGAUCCCUUAUUGCUUCUUCUGACCCUCAUGUAUCUCACACAUUUUUGGCUGGAAUUUUCUCAAGAGCUCCAUGAAGGAUUGUGUUAUUGUUAGCAGCAUUAAGCAAAAUCCUUUAAUUCCAAAAUGCUAAGAAGAGAGACUAUUUUAGAUUGCUAAUUCAAAUCUAUACUCCACCCACAAGGCUGAAAGGAUUCAGGACUGCAUGAUGCUGCAAAGACUCAACCAGCCAUGAAGAUCUAAGAUUAUUGUGCAAACCAUUGUUUUGUUACCACACAAGGAUUCUUGCCAGUAUUCUACUGAUAUGGAAUAAGCCUUGUGGUUUUUUAAAAGGAGCAGAUACAAUUGAACCAAAUAAUUAUUCUAAAAAGUAGGAAUGAUUGCGAUUCAUUGUGUUCUCUCUGUAUUGACACCCACCCCUUCAUGAGACGAGACCAAUGGGGUUUGUUGCUAAAGUUUGCAGUUAAUUUAAAAUACUCUGGAUACCACCAGAGACUGAGCAAUGGAAUAUUUUCUGACUAGUGUGUCACUGCUUUUGUAAGUGGUUGCAGGUUCUGUGCCAGACGGUAUACUUAACAGUAUCCUGUCAUUUUUCAGGGCUGAGCUGAACUUAAAAGCAUUUCCAGUAGGCCUUUUCCAAUUGGCAGAAAGCUGCUUCUUCUGAACUAUCUACUGGCUUUUUGACCAUUAGCCUGGAAUUGUACAGUGCUUCAGGAAAUUUUAGGUGACUUUUUGAAUGAUAAGCCCGAUUUUUCUGGAAAUGAUACCCAUCCACCAUAUCGGAGAGUAAUUUGUAGAAGUUUAUCCCAUGUGUCAGCUUUGACAUGUAGCAUUCUUAUGCAUUAUUCAGCAGACUUUAUAAGAGACUUUAUCAGAUUAAAUUUCCUGGAUUGGAUGCCAUGUGAAACUAAUUUAAAGGCAAGGUCUGACUUUUUCAGUUAGCCUUAGUUUUUUUUUUUUUUGGCAAAAGCUUCAACUUCCUGCUUCCAGAGUAACAAAUGGCAGGGGGGUGCAUUUUUUUUCUUCUAAAGUAUUUUAAAUCUUUCGUUGGUCCGUGUCAGUAACUGUCUGAAGGCAGUUGCCUAAACUGCAACCUGGCCUAAAGAGCAGUGGCAAUCCCUAUCUGUUGCAAGCUAUCUACUUCAACAAAGAGAACAUUGACAAAUACAAUGGUUUCUGUCAAGCUGGCUCAGCUAAUCAUCUGAGUUUCUACAGGUGAUGUCGAUUUCUACCAUGAGGGUCACUGGCUACAAAAAUCUUUUUGAAACAUGGCAUGAAGGUGUGAUCAGGUCAGGUACUAAGGUUAAAUUCCCUGGACACUUCCAACAUCAGCUGUUGCAAUUAUGUUGUGUGCAGGGGGAAAAAUGGAGUAGUACAAUUAGUGAAGGUAACCUCUUGCAGCUUGGAUGUCUCCGUAUUUAUCUUUACACAAGCAGCAGCAUACCAGUAUGAAAUUAAACAACUUUUCAAGCUGAUGAAGACUCAUUUCUGUGCAACCAGUAAGAGAGACAGAAUUAGCUUUGAAGCAGCAAAAUAUCUGAAGGAAGUACUAUAGUCCUCUCUAUCUUUGCCUGAUUCGGCAAGUGGUGUAGAAGAAACCACACAUUUGUAUUUUGGGAUCUGAUGAACUGGAAGUGUCACUUAAGUGGAAAAAAAAGAAAACUAAUUUAUUAAGAAGUUAACUUAUUUAUGUAGCAGCUGGAGCACACCUCUUGGACCUGCCAGAAGGUUGCCUUUGGGAGUGCCUGCAAAUGGAAACUAUUGGAAGAAAAGAACUCAAUAUAAUCUUGAUUCUGUUAUGUGUUUUCCCAGGUUCAGACUGCAUAAAUAAGUAUUAUGUGAAUAAAUUUUUUAAUAAAACUCUGGGUUGGGGUUUUUUGCUUCUCACACCAUGCUAGUUUCAAUGGCAACUUACAUAGCUCUUUUCAGAUAGGAGUUGCCAACAUAGGAUAGCGUGCAGUCUUAAUGUGCUCCUUCGGAUGCUGCCUUUUAGUGGUGCAGGAGGUAUGGCAAUGUGACUCCUUCACACACUAGUAUUGAUCCAAUUUCUGCCAGGAGUGACAGAGGCGCUCUGUAGCUUGAAUUAGAAACUGCGGUUUCUGUGGUCAGGAUCUACCUUAAAGAGCUAAGGGUGUGCCAAGAGCCACUUUUAGAUGUAGAAAAGACGGUGUGCAACAUCAGCACCUACAGGCCUAGUGUAAGAACUAGAAGUUUUUACUUCUGCCUUUCUAUUGCCAUAGCACUCCUUAGGCUUCCUGUAUUUUAGGCUUCAAUUACCAUCUAAACUACUGCCUCCAGAGACUCAGAGCUGGUGAUGGAGUUCCAGUGUUAUCAAGUAAUACAAGAAGGUCUCAUUCUUCAGUCGCUUUCAUGUUACCUUGUAUUGUUGGACGGAUUCAUCAGUUCACGAAUUAUGUUCGGAGAACUGUCCAACAGUGGCCUGGCUAGAAACUAAAUGAAAUAUGACAACCAGAAAAAGGGGCAUAUCUCUUGGUCAUGACUCCCUAUGACCAUGCAAAUGACAGAAUAUAAUUUUGCAGUCUUGCAAAGUCUGCCUUGUGAUGCAUUCCCCAUGCAGACUUUGGCCUGAACUAGGUCUCCAUUAGUUGAUGAUGAGGGUAGAAAGAGUUGUGCUUAUAUUGCAUUUUCUGAAAAUGAGUAGAAUCAAAUGACUGCUAAUAGGGAGACAUGGUAGGUAUAGGAAGCUGUCUCAAAAAGUAAUUAUUGACUUGUCAAUAGGCCAUAUCCUGCUGCAGAGGCAAUGCCUGAUAGUUUUUUAAAAAAAGUUUACUGUCAGUAUAGACUUCUUCCUUGUUGGCUUUAACUGAGGUUAGUUAAAUGCUUUUUUCUGAGUCUUUAGGGUACUUUAGGCUGUAGUCCUAUAUGCAUUUACUUGAGAGUAAGUCCAGUUAAACUCAGUGGGACUUACUUUUGAGUAGACAUGUAUGGGAUUGCAUUGCCAAUGCAAUUUUGUGUUUAUGCGGGCUGACAGGAUAAAAUAUAUGGAGAGUCAUCAUUGCCUGGAGAGAUUUCAUACGCAUCAAAUCUUAUGAGCUUAGUUUAUGGCUUAGCCGGUGUAUGGUUCCAGGGGCUUGUAUCCAUAUUUUGCUGAGAUAGCCUCCUGCACUAUGUGCACAAUAUUAACAAAUAAAAACUCAUAUUUGUUGUAA